CCUGUUGACAUUGAGGUAGCUGUGCAACCAGUUGCCUGGCAACAAAAACACUUUAAGAUGCAGAAAACAAACUUUUAGACAUUAAUCUCCACUCUGUUGAUGUUUGGCCUAAAGUUAACUAAACAUUCUAACUGUAGCCACAUAGAUGCAUCUGGGAUUUACACCCAUCAGAUGGCGCGUCCAGGAGAGAAGAGCCCAACAUCCACAGCACUGUUGCCAAGUCCAAACCGGAUGCGGCCAUCUCAACACUCUGAGAUGUCAGAUGAGCUAACAGUUGAAACGCAGGAAUUGUUAAGACAGGAUGUGAAGCAUCUUGUUAAAAAGGCUAUUCUUUCUGAGCCAAAGCCAUACCUGCUCACUCAUCAUAGUCUCUGUCGCCUGCAGCACAUCUCCUGUGACGGCCCUAUUCGUUUCAUGAUGUUUUCUGAGGCUGCUGCAGCUUUCAUUGCCCUCCAUAUGGACAACACAGUGUGUCUUUACAAAGCUUAUGGCCACAAGCAGACCCUCUUGACACACUUGCCUUUCAAAGGCUUGACUGUUACAAAGAUCGCAGGCUGUCUGCUUGGCUGGGGUCCCGGGCCCAUAUUGACACUUAUGGACAGCAGUUUACACCCACUGGUUACUGCUGACAGUGUCCUGGAUAUACAAAUUUGUGAGGCUGCAGAGCACUCUACAGAGCUAGUGACUGCAGGCACGGGGAACGUGUGUGUGUGGUCGAUAAAGCUCAUGCAGUGCAAGGUGAAGGUACAGGAGGGGCUGCAGCAGUGCUGUGUUUUCACUCACAUGGCACUGGCUCCUCCACAACCUGGAAAGCCCCACAGAGGGUUUGUUGUGAGUGGACAGACUGUGACAGUGGUUGACCUCGAUGAGGGGAGGGUUGUGGAGCACAAGAAGGAUCUUUGCUCAUGUGACAUCACCGCAAUGGCGUACUGCUUUAAACUGGACUGUUUGAUUGUUGCUUCACAAGAGCUGUUCAUAACAGUAUGGGGUCCAGAUUGGGAGCCACGUGUAUCUUUUUUAGGACAUAAUGAUGUGGUGAAUUCCCUGUUCUACUGCCCGACAUUAAACAUGCUGGUAUCCUCCUCAGUGGAUUGUACAAUUCGUACCUGGGAUGUGGAGGAGUGUGAAGCAGUUCAGUGUGUCCACACAAAGCAGAAAACCCCUCCACUGCACAUCGGAGGUACCGGAAAAGGAGACGCCUUCUUCUCUUUUUCACACCAGGGGGUGGACUUCUGGACUGUGAGAAGUUUGUACACAUUGUGCUGUGAACUCAGGGGGGAUGAAGGUGCCACACUGAGACAAAUUGUAGUGUCACACGUGCCUGCUCCUUACCCCACACGAGUCCUCUGCUUAAGUGGUGAUAAUCAAAUCACUCUUGUGGCUGCUGAAACUGGAGCAAUGUUGACUUCAUUUAAGGCAAAAGACAGACUUUUAUGUGCUGACUACUGCAUACACAGAGAGAUUCUGCUGGCCUUGACUGAGGCAGGUACAGUGCUCAAAGCCAAUACGCUUACUAAUCCAAUCACUCUGAUGCAAGAAUGGAAAGACAGAGGCCAGGAGCCCUGGGAGCACGAGCACUGUAUGACAGAAAAUUAUGCCCAGAACCUGUCGGCUCCUGGUCCAGCUUGCUGCCUGGUGCUUUACAGCUGUGUAGCAGACACAAAGAAAGCUUUGGAGGAGUGGGAGAGUUUACAAGAGGGGAGGGGUUGCAGUUACAGGAAGUACAGAGAGAUCGAUGAUGCCGAGAAUAAGUUCUUGAUUCUAACUGGCCAAAGUGGAGGCUGUGUGAGUGUUCUGAAAAUAAAUGAUGGGAACGUCUUGUACAGGACUCCAGCACACAAUGGCCAGAAAGUCACAACAAUGCAGGCAUACCCUGAAAAACGCUACCUCCUUUCAACAGGUGACGACUUGACGGUCGUGGUUUGGAGAGUUUACCCAUAUGUCAAAGAGUGCCUGACCCAACUACUGAGCCUGCAGUGUGGCCAACCUCAAGUCUAUCUGUCAGUUCUGGGAUCUCAGCUGGCCUUGACCUGUCAAGAAUCUUGUAGUCUAAAGUUCUUUAGCUUGCUCAACCAGAAACAAACAGAUUAUCAGCCAAGGGAAGGACAUUCAGAUCAUUUCACAGGGCUGUGUGUUUUUCCUGAAAUGAAGUUAUUUGUUUCCAGUAGUCUAGAUAAGACAGUGCGUAUCUGGAAUGAUGAGAAUCGACUUAUCAGGACGCUGUAUCUUCAAGCUGUGCCUGAAUGUGUGGCGUACAGUGGGUUUGGAGAAUUGUUCCUUGGUAUCAAAGGGAAUCUGUACAGAAUGAAGUGUGCAAAGUAUCUGCCACUUGAAUACAACAAAAUGGUCCUUAACACUCAUUGUGUUGAGCCCUGUCUUGAUGUACCUAUUCCUAAGACAAAAGAAACAUACAACCAAACAAAGACAUCCAAAGAUGAGACGGAUAAAUCACAAGCUGUCACCAGCAAGCAGUUAUUGAUUGGAAGCAUGCAAGAGCCGAAGUACUUAGUGAGCAUGAACAAUAACCUGGAGGCACUUCUGCAAGGAACAGUAAAAUACAAGAAAGAGAAGCUGAGGCAAAUCAGGAAAGAGGCCUUUGAUCGCUACAUGAAUAUAAUCUAUGAUUUGCCACCCAGUUAUAAGAUCGAUAGGGAAGACACAUUUGAUUUAGGAGAAUACUCAUUUUAUGCCAAAUCAAAAUACACAAGACCUCAUAAGUUUCCCAAGUUAAAAGAAGACAGAUCCUCUCAACCAAAACCAGACAUCCCUGUGAGGUUGGAGAAAAACAAGCAGAAAAAGGCCUUGCCGACACUUAUGAAAGUCAUGCUACAACCUGAGGAGAAAGUCCCACUUGAAAAAUCUGUCACAGUGGAGAAGGUUGUCAGAGAGAUGAAGCCUCAAGAGAUCAUUACACCAAAGCAACCACAACCCAAACUUCCUACUCCACCUCAUCAUCAGCUCAGGACCCCAGCACCACUUGCACAGCCAGAAACCUUCCCUCAAGUGGCAUCAUUCCUCAACCAGUUUACAGAGAUGGGAUGGUUUAAUGAUUUGUUUCCUGAUAAAAAGAGUAUCCCAAGCAACCUGUCUCCUGAGGACUUCUGCCUGAAACUAUUGAACUAUCAACUAACCUGCAGCAGCACAUGCAAGAACAACGUCCUCGAUGUAAUCCAGGCCCUGCACAGCCAGGGACUUUUACUCAACACAGACAAACUUUACAAAGGCCUCAUCAACAAUUUACCGAAAUUUGCCAGACCACAUAUGUCAGCUAUGGAACGUGCUAUUCUGACAGAGAUGUUAAGUCUACUGGUGCGUCUAAAAUCUGAGAUCAGUUAUGAUCUUGUGAAAAAGCUUUUAACUCUUCUAGCCUAUAAAGAACUUGAAGUGCGGAAAGUAGUGCUGGGCCUGCUGGUAUUAUCAGGUGUGGAUGAGGCUGAGGAGUGGCUGUGGCCUGAGCUGGAGAACUGGGACUCAGAGCUGCAGGAACAGUCCAACCCAUGGGCGAGCCUCCAUGGUAGAGCAGAUUGUUGGUUGGAGCUGUGGCUUUCCAAAUUCAAGCGCCACAAACAAUGUCUGGUUCUCGGAAGUACAAAGUGUAAUCCCCCCAAUGUCAGCGUGGUGGACGUCCUAAAUUAUUUCUGCUACGUGCAGAAAGAAGAGCACAGUAAGACCACAAAUGUACCUGCUGCCCACCAGGACAGAGCGAUCCUGCCUCUGCAUGACUGUUGUUCCAAACCAAUCAUUUGCUUAAGCGAGACAAACAGUAUGAAGAGGAUACGCAAACCACCAGGUAUAAUACUGCCUCCAAUGAUAAAACGUCCCUCCCUAAUGGACUUUCCCAAUUUCAUCACUCUGCCUCUACCUCGAGUCACCCUGUGCACGUUUCACAACUACCCAGAUGAGGACCGCCUCAAGGAAUCUAUAAGAAGUUACUUUAUUCAAGAGCAGUCUUGGGUAGAGUACUACAGGUGGUGA